ACAGACCCGCAAGUGUGUUACUCAUGUGUGUGUAGCGUGUCAACGACCUUAUCUCAAUGACCUUUCAUAUCUGCCCUGGCCACGAGAAAAUUCACAUAGUGCAUGUCACCUUGUACUGUUAAGUUUUUUUUAUUAAGGUUUGUACUUCACGGGACACUUUAAGAUGGUUGGAUACUGAUGUUGUGUUUACAGAAACAUGUUGUAAAGGCUGAAGAAUUACACAACGGAAUGACCGAUUUAAGCGAUGACAAAGAAGGGAGAAAUCCGAUUAUGUCCAUGGAAUCCGGGUCCCGUCCUAACGGGAAAGCGCAACUAGACACAGAUUCUGGACGUUCCAAUAUGUCUGACGUCAAGAUGAAGGAGGGCGGUUACGGAUGGGUGAUUGUUGGCGCGAGCUUCUUUAACAUGUUCUGCCUGGAUGGACUUAUAUCGAUAUAUGGCCUCCUGUAUCCAGAUCUUCUCGCCAAUUUUGGGGCGGAACCUGCCAUCACAGCACUUCCCGGUUCUCUCGUGGUCGGAAUGUCCUGUUUCCUAGGUCCCGUGUGUGGCAAGUUGAUCCGGAGGUUCGGAGUUCGAAAGAUAGUAGUACUGGGAUCUUUUGUAACUAGCGUGGGCUUUGUAUGUAGCUUCAGCGCCCAGUCUAUCACGGCCCUCUUCUUCACUCACGGUCUUCUUACAGGAAUUGGAUGUGGGCUCUUCUAUCUACCGUCAAUCACUUUGGUAAAUACGUAUUUUGACAGGAAGCGGGGUAUCGCGCAAGGCAUAAUUACUGCCGGAAGUGGAAUGGGUGUCAUCGUGCUAUCGCCACUGACCAAGUUCCUGAUGGGCCAAUACGGCUGGAGGGGUGUCCUCUUAUUGUGGGCGGGGUUUGUGCUGAACAUAAGUAUUUCUGGACUGCUUAUGCGACCUUCUCCUGAACAGGGAAAUAACAGCAGACACGGUAACCCUAUGGAAUCGAACCCAGAUCCACAGAAUUCUUCACAAGUGAAACAUUACGUAUGGUCAUAUUGUUCUCUUAAUAAAAAUGAUUGUCCAGAGAAGCAAAAUGAUGAAAUACAAAAUGGAAGGACACCAAAUAGAUUUGUUUACGUUGAGAACAUUGAUCAUUCCAGUACUCGUAGUCUACCGCACCAUUACAUAGAUAAACAGGAUAUAUCAUCGGAACACAUCGGUCCUUAUCGAUCUCUUCAGUGUGUCCAUCACCCAAAACCAAAGCAGCAUAAACAGAGGCCGAACUGUGUAGAGAACAUGUUUGACAGAACAGAUAUUUUUCUAACCGGAAGUACAAAUAUAUUAAAGACGCAUGCGUCCAAUAAAUCCUUUCAUUCCAAACAUGUUGAGGAGAUGGUAUUGACAGAUAUCAGUGUUUUAGAUAAUACGUCAUAUAUGACGUCAGACAGUGAUGUAAGAUGCGGGAAAUGUACGUUUAAACCAUUUACAAAGGACCCCGCCUUCCUGCUUCUUGUCGCGGGUUCAGUCAUGGCUCAAAUGGCACAACAUAUCCCGAUGACGUUCAUUCCUGAUUACUGUGAACAGAUCGGACUGGAAAGCAAAGACAUAGCUUCGCUCUUCAUCCUUUUCGGUGUAGUGAAUAUGGCUGGGAGAUUCGGGAGCGGACUUCUUGCCUCGUUAAGGAUGUUCAGUCCGCUGGUUGUUUGUAAUCUCGGCUCGAUCGCCUGUGGAGUUGCCUGCUUGCUGUUUUGGCUGUGCACGUCAUUCGAGACUCUGGCGGUUUUUAUCGCUAUAUACGGUUUCUUUGUUGGUUUUUCCUGUCCCACACAACCGCUGAUUACGCUAGAAUACGUUGGAUUGGAGAAUCUCACGCCAGCAUUUGGACUAGUUACCAUGGCAAAAGGACCCGCCGCCAUGGUUGGACCACCACUGGCUGGUGGCCUGUACCAGCUCACACAAAACUAUUAUUACGCAAUUGUGUUCGCUGGGGGUCUCCUUGGACUGUCAGGGGUAGGACAGUCCAUCAUGCCGUUUGUAGCAAAAUAUCGUCUUCAGAAGCAGGAAGCUCCCGACACAGUCGUCAUGCCUCCCGAUCUGGAUGACGCAGAUGCAACUUCCGGCGAACAAGAUUCAAGAGGAAACCAUUUAUGACGUCAUUUGUGCUUAGCGUCAUAAAGCUUUUAAAUUUCACAGAAUCGUAUUUUAUGAACACAAGUGGCAUUGACAUUGCUGCUUGAAACUGCUUAGUGUUUAUCUCUCAGGGAGCUCACUUUAAACGAAGUGACGCAUGCGCUCUAGUUGAUGCAAACAUCUGGUCAGAUGGAUUGCUAUCCUUAGACAUGCAACGAACACAGACGUAUAUAUUACAUAAUAAACGUCUCUGCAACGAGUAAUUGCUUGUAUGGUUUAUUUGGAGCUUGAAUAAACAUAGUCUAUCUUUUGUUUUUAUUUAUAAACUAGUACGUAUUCAUUUUUUUGCGUAGUUAUUUUUUAUUCGUUCCAUCACUUAUAUGUAACGGGAAUAUAUUUUGUGAGUUAUGUCCCUUUGCUUGAGAGUUGUGUCCCUUAGCAGAAGUAUGUAUUUGUGUAUCUAUGAGAGUAUUUUGUUAAAUUAUAGUUGCAUUAUUAAUUGUGAGUGUAAAUAUAUCUGUUUAGAAUGUAAAAUAUAUGUAGUAUGAGGGUAAUUUAGUUAGGGAAUGUGUGUAAGUAUGAUUGUGUAUUUUAUAUUGAAAACAGUGUAUGCUAAUCUAUGUGCACCAUUGUGAAUGGGAAAAUGUGCUAGUUUAUAUGUGUGAAUGUAACGGGUACGUGUGUUGUAUGAAGAUAUAGAGGCCAUUGACUGGUACUUCAUUAGUUGCAAGUUGGUUGUAUACUUCCCUUCUAUACUUUCCUUUUUCCUUUCUGUACUUUCCUUAUACUAAACAGAAGCCAUUGGCUGGUUACUUUCCUUCAGUCUUUGGGUCUAUGUUUUGGGGUAAUAGCUGCUUCGUAUAUGACCGCGAUGGUAUGGAAGAUGGUUUAUGCUGUUGUGCUGUAAAUAGUUAUGGUUACUAGCUGUUGUAUAUUGCCAGUGAUGGUUGCUGAAUAAAUGAAGGACUUGUA